ACUCACUUGAACGUUUGUUUAAUUCACAAGCAGAUGCACAAGCCGCCAUUGCUAAGUCAUCUCAUGAGCCAGUGGCAGGAGAGACGAAGGAAUUGGAAUCAUGGUUGCAGGGUACAGCCCUUUGGGCACACCAAAAGAGUGGACAUCUGGGAGAAAAGGCAACUUACAGAUUGUCGUGAGGCUCAGUCUUAGAAUCCUUGGAAUUGUAUUAUUGGUCGUCCCCUCUAGUACAUGGACACCUGGAUUGAAGAUAGAGAAACGAGAGUUGCAUACUGUACGGUGGGGAUGGAACAAUGCCACCAAACCAAGAACCCAAGAUAAUUACACUUGUCAGGCCAAUCAGCGUUGUACUAAUAUAGUAAAUAUAACAAUUCCAGGAACGAUGUGGGCUGGACCGCCUGAUCCACAAAGAAACCGAUAUCGACCUACAUUUGCCUUACAUCAGUCAGAAGGCAAUAUCACAAUUAAUGCUGCAGUAAAUAUAAGUUGCUGCUCCAAACCUUAUAGGUUCCGAUUUCUCCCUAAAGAAGAGAAGAAUAAAGAAUAUAAGAAUUGUUCUAAACAAGGAGCAACCACAUAUCGGUUAGCUGUAAAAGACGUUUUAAUUUUGGUAUGUCAUAAUGCUACUGAAAUAAAAAAUCGAACGUGGUGGGCACAAGAUUUAAUGUUUAUUGAUAUUAAUGCAUCACAAAUCGAUAUUGGACAUGUUAAAAGAUUACCAUCUACAUGUGAAAAUGUAGGUACACAAGCUCAAAAGACUGUGUUAGUCACACAAGUUGUUUUCCCUCCCAAUAAUAGACAAUGUAUAUCCUGGCAACGACGUGCCUGGUAUGAUACAUUGUUGGGAGGAUAUGGGACUCUAACAGGAGUAUUAAAUGGAAUAGAUAUUGAAACAUUAGCUAAUAGGAUGCAUAGCGCUGGUAGUAAAUUAAAUGACGGACUUACAUUACAAGCAAAAUGGAUGCCUACUACUUUUGAGCCAGCCAAAAUAUCGGCUGGAAUAGAUACUUUAAUGAACCAGCUAAUUAAUGCUAGUAAUGAUUUUGCUGUUGGAUUUGACACCAACAUUACUAAAUUUAUAAAUUGGACCGUCUGUACACUAUAGACUAUGUAUGAGCAACAACAAAAAGGCGUUAUGCAAACUAUGCUAAUGACCGGAAAUGAACAAGUAUGGAGAACAAUUUUUAAUACAAAUGUGUCCAGGGACGCUUGGAUACACUUGGAAGCUGCUAAAAUGAUUUGUAAUGACACCGUAUGCCAAGGUAUUUUAACUAUGUAUAAUGUAACCAAAGUUAUUCAAAUGUGUAAAUAUAUUGUAAUGCCUUUGUUGUUAGGACCAUCUGGUGGAGAAUGGUACUGGUUCCCCACUAUGAAAGGAGAAUAUAUAGAUGAGAAUAAUAGAACUCAUGAUUUGAGUAUUUGUACACCCACUUUACAAGGCAAGAUAUGUAGAGUACAAUCUGCAGU